CUGUCCAGCGCCGCCGAGGACCGCAAAGCCCGCCUCGCCGCCCUCAAAUCCCUCAAGCGCAAACAACCCUCCGAGCCCACAGAAUCAAACGACCAUACCACCCUCACAGAACAACUCCCUAACCAAGACGUAUCCUCCAUAAUCCUCUCCGGCCGAAACUACGACGCCACAACACGCGCCCCUAAACUCGGCUUCGAAAACGACCCUUCAGCUCAAGAAAACACCCUAGAGAGAAAAGCACACGAGCUAGCCGAAGCCACAAAGAAGCAAGCAGAGCAGGAAGACCACCAUGACAAACCUUUGGAUCUUUUCAAGCUGCAGCCCAAGAAGCCGAAUUGGGACUUGAAGCGUGAUCUGGACCGCAAGUUGGCCGUGCUGAAUGUGCGCACCGACAAUGCUAUUGCAAACUUGGUCAGGCAAAGGAUUGCCGCUACACAGGCAGAGAAGAGAAAGGCUACUGGUGUGACCAAUAACGAGGGAGAAGCUAUGGGCAUGGAAGGUGCAGAGUUGCUUGAGGCUACCAAUCUGAGGGAGAAAGAAGACGAAGAGGAGGCUAGGAGGGAGGAAGAA